AUGUCUCAGAAUCCACCCCUCAGCGUUUCCGGUGAUUAUCCUAAUCAAAACUAUCAACAGCCUCCACCCAUUGGCGCUGCGUCUGGCUUCCCUCAGCAUGGAGAUACUUACAGCGAACCAAAUCAGCAAACAUGGCAGCAACAACAAACGCAGGGAUUGCCAUUUCGUAUCCCCGUAGUACCAUUGAAAGUUCUUAUCCUCAUCGACUUUCUCCUAGUUGUAUGGGGUGCGGAAUAUCCUUGGCUACCAGCGUCUUAUUUGUUUGGGAAUUUUACGGUGAUAGCUCUGGGAAUAUGGUCUAUUAUUGACGAGAAAAAUCCUGAUGGGCCGCAUAUGAUGUUAUUGACACUUACAAUUACAAUCUUGCAAGACAUAAUUAUGGUCGCUGUGCGAUAUCCUGUAAUAGCCUACAAAAUUGGUGGUACUGCUGAAUUUCGCUUUUCAGCAGGAAUGGCAAUUCUUAAUAUAAUUUUGAAGCCUUUCUAUUGCUUUGUCAUAUACGGGCAUCUAACUGCACGUGGUGGCAGUUUGUUAGCCUCAUUUCAACGCAAAAAUUAUGAAUCAAUAGACUCUCCACAACAACAACAAGCCUUUGGUGCUAACCCUCCGCCUCAAGAUAUUGCUGCUUCCGCAUCCCCUUAUCAGGACACUUACAGGCCAUAUUCGCAGCCGCAAGUAACACCAACACUGCCGGAAUAUCCCGUCGAUACCAAACCUCCUGUUGCUUAAAUAGUCACGACAACCGAGUUAACAAUUCAAUAGCCGCUGCUAACAGGAAUUAUAGUAUUUCUCAAACUGACUGUCCCUAGCUUCUGAUUUCUUUGGUUACUAUGCGAGUAACUCG